CACAGCAGUAAGAGCUGGCAGAGAUGUGGCUGCUCAUGCUCACAGGCUUUGCUGAGAAGCUACUUUAUGUUUUCAGCCUCCAGCUGACUUCUCUGUGGAAGAUCCUGAUACAGUUAUACUCAUUUGGAACACUGCUAUGGCCCACAGGUGGCAAGAAGAGUCAGCAUGGGAAGAAAAGAGGAGGAAUAAGAGAAGGGACUGCAAGAGAAGAAGAUGUAUCAGGGCACUCUGUUAACCCUGUCAGUGUCAACUAUCAUUUCACACGCCAGUGUAACUACAAAUGUGGUUUCUGUUUUCACACUGCUAAAACAUCAUUUGUGCUUCCCCUGGAGGAAGCCAAAAGAGGUCUCCUUAUGCUUAAAGAAGCAGGUAUGGAGAAGAUUAACUUCUCAGGAGGAGAGCCAUUUUUACAUGAUAGGGGAGAAUUCCUAGGCAAGUUGGUGAAAUUCUGCAAAAAAGAUCUAAAACUCCCCAGUGUCAGCAUUGUGAGUAAUGGAAGCCUGAUCAGAGAGAGAUGGUUCAAGGAUUAUGGUGAUUACCUAGACAUUCUUGCUAUUUCAUGUGAUAGUUUUGAUGAGCAAAUCAAUGCACUGAUAGGCCGUGGACAAGGGAAGAAGAAUCAUGUGGAAAACUUGUGGAAGCUGAGGAGGUGGUGUGCAGAUUAUAAGGUUGCUUUUAAGAUCAAUUCUGUUAUUAACAGAUUUAAUAUGGAAGAAGAUAUGAAUGAGCAAAUUCGAUCUUUAAAUCCUGUUCGCUGGAAAGUGUUCCAGUGCCUUAUCAUUGAGGGUGAGAAUGCUGGGCAAGAAGCCCUGAGGGAAGCAGAGAGAUUUGUUAUUAGUGAUGAGGACUUUGAAAAAUUUCUAGACCGGCACAAAGGCAUCUCCUGUUUGGUACCUGAAUCUAAUAAAAAGAUGAAAGAUUCAUACCUUAUUCUGGAUGAAUAUAUGCGCUUUCUGGAUUGUACAAGGGGCCGAAAGGAUCCUUCUAAAUCAAUUCUGGAUGUGGGGGUAGAAGAGGCCAUAAAAUUCAGUGGCUUUGAUGAAAAAAUGUUUUUCAAACGAGGAGGAAAGUAUGUAUGGAGUAAAGCAGACCUUAAAUUGGACUGGUAAAGAUAAUGAAAACAUUGGUGCGUCUGAAAAGGAGAUCCUUAAGAUAAAUGAGGGACCAUCUUUUUUAACAGUGUAAUCCUUUUUCUGAACUACUUCUGAAGAACAUUUUUUUUAAUCAUACAAAUACUUCAUAGGAAUUUAGACUUUACAGGUCAUCUAUUCCAACACCUUCAUUUUACAGAGGAGGAAGCCAGCUACCGCCUGUUAAAGAGACAUGUUAAAAGAGACAAAUGAGAAAGCUGAAUAGGACUUGAAUGCCUCUUGCAGUGCCCAGUAUGAUCACUAGGGGGCAUAUGGCUAUUAUGGAAUACCCUCCACAGUAGAAAAUCAUGUUGAAUUUUCUAGCCUUUUGCUUGGAGACAGCAAAGACACUGUGAGAAAAAUUGGUAAAUGUUUUUCUAAUGAUAGUAUAACCACUUUAAUGAAAAUAAUGCCUUGCUAUUUGGCUGAAUUGAUCUUUCCAACAAAUGGGAAAGAAAAUUUACCCGUGUGUGUGCUUUACAUUUUUUUCCUAGUUAAUUUUUGUCUAGAGUACUGUAUCUUUAAUCACAAAAGUUUUGGUUUGAAUCCUGGCUAAAUGAUUCUUUUCAGAUCUAAGUGUAUAGUACUAUGAUCUCUUGAAGUACCUAGUUAACCCCUCACUUAUGGCUUAGUAUUUUAAAGUAUGCAUUUAAUAAAUAUUUAUUAAUUACAUACUAUAGGUUAGGCACUGGUGCUAACCAUUAGGAUACAAAAAGAGGCAAAGCCCCUCAAGUUUACAUUCUAAUGGGGGAGACAACAUACAAACAAAUAUAUACAAAACAAAUUAUAUAUAGGAUAAAUAGGAAAUAAUUAAGAGGGAAAACAUUGGGAUUAAGAAUGGUUAGGGAAAACUUACUAUAGAAGGUGAAUUUUAGUUAGGACUUAGUGGGAUUUUUAUUAUUAGUUCAUCAAUUUACAAUUAGAAGAGAUUUCAGAAGGCAACUAAAUGUAUUGCCCUCAUUUUAAAGGUAGAGAAACUUGAAUAUAAGGAAACAGAGGCCUUAGGUGACUUAGAUAGUAUCAUAGAGGCCUUAAUUAUCAGAAGUAAGAGUUGACUCAAGGUCCUGACUCCAAAGCCAACACUUUUCUUACCCUAAUACACAUAAUUAUUCACUAUUAUGCAAUUUUGUUUCAGUAUUCUUGAAUGGGUAGGUGGGGAAAUAUUUAGAGACAAAAUAUCUCUGUUUACAAAUAUUUGAGGUUCAAUGUUUCUGGAGAUUUUUAUUUUGUUUUGCAUUGUUGCAUUGUGUUUUUCUUUGGAAUAUUACUUCUUUGGAGACAAAGAAAUUCCUAAUUUCAGACAUUUCCAUAUCAGUAUUCUAGCCCUGUCUCAUAUUUCUUUAGUGCUUUAAGGUUUACAAAAUGCUUUUUUUUGAUAAUAAAUCAGUAAGUUUGUUCAAAUGUUGCUAUCCUCAUUUUAUAGGUUAGAAAAGUAGGUCUCAGAGGGGAAAUGGAUUACUCAUGAUUACACUCAACUACAGCGCAACAACUUGAGUAAAAUUAAGAGAAGUCAUAUGUUAAAAAACAACUUUUGUUUAACUUACAUUAAAUGAUCAAUAAGCAUUUAUCUUAUUAAGAGGUAGGAGCACUUCAACAAUGAGAUGAACCAAAUCAGUUCCAAUAGAGCAGUAAUGAACUGAACCAGCUACACCCAGGGAAAGAACUCUGGGAGAUGACUAUGAACCACUAUAUAGAAUUCCCAAUCCCUCUAUUUUUGUUUGCCUGCAUUUUUGAUUUCCUUCACAGGCUAAUUGUACACUAUUUCAAAGUCCGAAUCUUUUUCUACAGCAAAUUUAAAUUAUUUAACAUGUAUUGGUCAACCUGCCAUCUGGGGGAAAGGGUGGGGGGGAAGGAGGGAAAAAGUUGGAAGAAAAGGAUUUGUAACUGUCAAUGCUGAAAAAUUACCUAUACAUAUAUUUGUAAAUAAAAACCUAUAAUAAAAAAAAAAAGAGGUAGGAGCUAGGGAUACAAAUUGAAAGUUAUACUCUCAGAAGAGUAUAAAAUGGAGCAUUGAUUAUAUAAUCUUCUACAUUUAUGCUUAUGUUGUUACAUGGAGUUUUGACUAGUUAGAAUCAUAACUAGAAAUGUUGAUGCUCAAGACAAAUCACACAAGGCUCAGAGAAAAGCAAUUUGAAAUAUUCUCUCAAAUGAACUUUUUAAGAGAAAUUUAAUUGAGAAGCAAAGUAGAGAGAUGACAGGCCACAAAUCCAUUGGCAAAACAAGUCUCUUUUGAAUUAUACUAUCUGAUAGUUUCUUAUUCUGACUUAUUCUGACUAAAAAAAUUAUUUUUUAGUCUCUAUAUGUUCGGGAUAGCACCUAAGAGGUGCUAAACUCAGUAAUUUAUAUAGUUAUUUCUACUCCAAGAUUUAUCAGUGAUGCUACUGUUCUCUACAUUCCAGUGAUCUGGGGUAAAGUAUUAUUACUGUUACUCUAGUUUUGUUUGUAUGACAUAAAGAUAAAGGUUUACAAAACAAGCUGUAUCAUAUAAACUGAUCAUUACGAAUUCUCUCAUCUUCCAGAAUGUGCUAUGUUGUAAUAAGCUAUAUUUGAUGUCUUUGAUUUUGUACUUGUUUUUAAAAAAUAAGUGUGGGGAUGAAAGUUUGUUUUUUUAUUAUAUUUUCCUGUAUUAUGAUAACUUUAGACAUUUGUGAAGUGUAUGUUGAAAUAAAAAUGUUUUAGCAUUUA